UCGCAAAGUAUGGCGGCUGGGUAGCAUGGUCACGUAGUGCGAGCAUGUGCGUGUUGUUGAGUCCUUGGUUUACGACUAAAUAGAGUGUUUGCGACUUUACGCCAGUCCGAGUGGUUUUCUGGUACUGCAAGCCUUUAGUUACUGUCUGUUCAUUUUGUAUUGCUGUCAUGAUGGAUGCGUUUGACGCAGUCCUCUUUAAACAAGGUGCAGAAGCAAAGGUGUACAAAGGCGCAUAUUUUGGAAAGCCCGCUAUUUUCAAGGAGAGAUUUGAAAAGAAAUACAGGCAUCCCGACCUGGAUAGGCUGUUGACCCUUGAGCGCAUGCGAGCUGAAGCCCGCGCUUUGCGAAAGGCAAGAGCUGUUGGUGUGCCGGUACCGCCCGUGUACUUUAUUGACUUGACGUCGCGAAUCAUUGUGACAGGACACAUCGAAAAUGCCGAGACAGUCCGCGAGAAGAUUAUUUCUCUGCAAUCGGAAGAACCGUCGUGCCGCGCGGAAAGCUUGGAGUUUCUCAUGGACAAGAUCGGCGAGGUUGUUGCGCUAAUGCAUAAAAAUCACAUCGUCCACGGUGACCUCACCACUUCCAACUUGAUGGUGCAGCGUCGCGAAGCGGCAUUGCCUUUAAUCUAUGCCAUUGAUUUCGGCUUGAGUUUUAUUAGCGAGACACUUGAAGACAAGGGCGUCGACUUGUACGUUCUAGAAAGGGCAUUCCUGAGUGCUCACCCAGGGAUCGAAGUCUUCUUUCCAAGACUUCUGGACAGCUACUCAAGAAACUACCCGCAAAAAGCUGCGAACAUCAGGAAAAAGUUCGAGGAAGUGAAACAACGUGGAAGAAAGAGGACUAUGGUCGGUUGACCG